AUGGCUGCUAUCACCUCGUCCGCCGUCGUUGCCCCUGUUGCCUUCAAGGCAACUGUGGAGGCCUCUGCUGCCUCCUCCAAGUCCGUGUCCUUCUCCGGCCUGAAGGCUGGUGUCGCCACCCCCAAUGGCUUCGCCACCAAGACCGUCUCCAACGGCAGCCGUGUGUCGUGCAUGAAGGUGUGGAACCCCAUUGGCAACCCCCGGUUCGAGACCCUGUCUUACCUCCCCGCUCUCACCGACGACAUGAUCGUCAAGGAGAUCCGGUACAUGCUCAAGAACGGCUGGGUCCCCGCUAUUGAGUUCGAUGCCAGCGGUGUUGUGUACAGGGAAAACAACAGCGGCCCCGGUUACUAUGAUGGCCGCUACUGGACGAUGUGGAAGCUGCCCCUCUUCGGCUGCACCGACGCGUCCCAGGUGCUCAGGGAGAUCAACGAGUGCAAGUCUUCCUACCCUGGUUGCUUCAUCCGUGUUCUGGGUUUUGACAACGUGAAGCAGGUCCAGUGCAUGUCCUUCAUUGUGCACAAGCCCUAA